CGCGCAAGAUUUUCCGACCGCUUAUCUAAUAUUCAUAUCUGCGUCAGUUCUUAUCUGUUCGACGCAUUGAUUUGGAUGGGCAAACUACUCAAAAGCAGCGGCGUCGUAAAUCAGUUCGCGUUCGACACUCCAUCUUCUACUCACUGAUAAUUUGAUAAUCUGGCCUUAGACCAACUAAAAACAUGUCGGACGAGGGACAAAUUUUGAUGCAAUACUUGAAAGUACGACGGAUACUUAACUUGAUUUCGGGCGGUUUCUUCAUGAUUUACAUUAUUGUUUUCCCUGCUCUCUACUUCAGCCUGCCAUCCGAAGAUGACUAUUCCUACAUUUUAUACGCUCCAUUGAUAGUGUGCCUCCUCGUACAGAUAAUCUGUGGUGCAAUGAUAUUGCAUUACCGGCGAAAAGCUCUGAACGAAAUCGCAGCUUGUGCAAAUAACUACACACAAGUCGUCGCCCACGCACACCCCGGCACAGCCAUCCCUUAUCAGCACCCUGCAGGACAGCACCAGCAGAACGUAUUCUAUCUGCCCCCAGAUGCAGUCCAACAGCUCAUCAACAGCAACCGAAAUGUCGCUUCGUUCCCAAGCCAGCAUGACGUGAACCCUCCACCUUAUUCGCUAGUUGUGUCCAAUGGUGAUAAUCAGUCAACCUCUCCUUCCCCUGCUGGAUGGGUAGUCCAACCGCCCCCUUCUGCCACAUCAGGAUCAAACAGUUCGAUACCUCAUGCAACAUCUUCGCACCAUUCAAGGAAUGAUUCGAUGUAAAAAAAGUGCUGUCCAAGUUAUUUAAGCUUCCUCUGUGAUAACCCUACGUUUUGUUUAACCAUCGAGCACACAAAAUAUAAUAUUCGCGCAUUAUCAUCUCACAGAGAUGAUAGGAAAUUUACCCCCUCUGUAUAAUUGUAAAAUACUAAUUUUAAUCAAGUAGAAUAAACAUAUAGUUUGUAUCCAGCA